GAAAACCGGUGGCCUACAUGCCUUAUGCUGACGUCAAGCGAGCAAUAGAACAGGAAGUACAGGUGCAAAAUACAGCAGCAAGGUCAGCAUCACCAUACAGGCUAUCUCCAAGGGAAGUCAAUAAAGCCUCUCCCCAACCUGAUAUGAAUGCAGCUCGCUACAGUGUUCCACCAGUUCUCCAGCCAGCUCCUCACCAAGUAAUAACCAAUAUACCCGAAGGAGUCCGCCUUCCAACAACCAGACCCACCAGACCACCACCCCCACUCAUUCCAUCCUCCAAAACAAGUGUGCCAUCAGAAAAACCUUCCUUCAUCAUGGGAGGCUCAAUCUCACAAGGAACACCAGGCACUUAUUUAACAUCCCAUAGUCAAGCUUCCUACACCCAAGAAACAGCAAAGCCAUCAGUGGGUUCUAUAUCGCUUGGACUGCCCAGGCAGCAGGAGUCGGCCAAAUCUG